ACAGCACUUUGCUACCGUGGAAAUGGCGCUUGCAAUGGAGAAGCCGUAGCCUAACGAAGGCUUUUCGUGUUUGCUAGCUCGAUAUAAAGUGCCUAGACGGCUCGACACAUGACACGGUUAUCGAAGCGAAGCGGAUUAUGACAGAGGGAGGAAGGACUUUCAGAUUUCGUGAAGAAAAACAAAACAUUCGUUGCCCUGAUACAGCUGUCAACACAUCCAGACAGUGAAAGAUGCAUGACCUGACUGCCCAGGUCACAAGCAGCCUGCUGCCUUUCCCAGGAGUGACUAUAGAUGCUCUUGGGGAGGAUGAGAUCAUCCUGGACUCUGUGCUACAUGGGAAGUUCAGUGUUGGCCGCAGUGGGCUGGCCUGGCUGGCCUGUGGCCCACAGCUGGAGGUGGUCCAUGCAGUGACAGGGGAACGGCUGUCUGCCUACUGUUUCAGUGGCGGAGGGGAGCACCCACCCAGUGUCCUGGCUGCCAGGGACUUCAGCUGGCUCAAGAGGUCAGGCUUGCUGGUCGGCUUGGAGGAAGCUGAGGGCAGCAUGCUGUGUCUCUAUGACAUGGGCCUCUCACGGGUGGUCAAAGCUGUGGUUAUACCAGGCAGGAUUACAGCCAUUGAGCCUUUGGUGAGUUAUGGUGGAGCGAGCACCGCCACCCAGCACCUCCACCAGAGCCUGCGUUGGUUCUUUGGCAUAGCGGCCGUAGUGACAGACCUCGGCCACGUUCUGCUGGUGGACCUCUGUCUCGACGACUUGUCCUGCAGCCAGAGCGAACUGGAGGCCUCAGACCUGGAGGUGGUGACCAAAUCUCCAACAGAAAUCCCCAGGCUCAGAGAAGCAAGUAGCAGGCAGGGCAGACACCUGUGUCUCCAACUGAAUGGGCCUAGUGGAGUCGGGGCCACGGCCCUGCACUACAUCCACAGGACCAAUCAACUGGCAGUGGGCUUCUCUGACGGCUAUCUGCAGAUGUGGAACAUGAAGACACUCAAGAAGGAGUACCACUCCCAGUUAGAAGGUGGCAGGGUACCUGUGUAUGCCUUCACCUUUCAGGAGCCAGAAAACGACCCCAGGAACUGUUGCUACCUCUGGGCUGUCCAGUCUGCUCAGGAUCUGGAGGGAGAUGUGGUCAGCCUCCACCUUCUACAACUGGCCUUCAGCGAGAGAAAGUGUCUGGCUUCUGGGAAGAUCCUCUAUGAGGGUCUAGAGUACUGCGAGGAGCGCUUCAGUCAGGAGGUGAGUGGAUCAGCCUUCCCUCUGCGGGCGCAGGCCACCAACACCCGCCUGCUGAGCUGCCAGACCAUCGAGAAGUUCCGACCCCAUCCUGACAGGGACGACAGCAUGAAUGAAGUUGCAUCUCCAGACACCAGUGUGUCCAUCUUCAGCUGGCAGGUGAAGGCCUACGGUCAGGGAAACCCCUCUACCUUUGUUGGUAUUUUUGACAUCAACCGUUGGUAUCAUGCACAAAUGCCCGACUCUCUGAGAACUGGGGAGUGUCUGCGCAGCUGUCCCUACCUGGCGGUGUGGUCUCUUGACCCAGUGGUGGAGAUGGUGUCUCCGCGCCCUCUGCUGGAUGUGGUGGUGCAUGACCGCAGCCUCAGCAGGGGUCUGCCCUUCACCUGCCCCCCGCCAGAGCAGUUCUUCAACCCCACCACAUACAACUUUGAUGCUACCUGUUUGCUCAACUCUGGGAUUGUGCACUUAACAUGCUCUGGGUAUCAGAAAGAGACCCUGAGCUUUUUGAAGAAAGCUGCUCCUUGUUCCAGUGACAUCAUCUCCUCUAGCUACUCGCGCUGCCUCAUGUCCGGCCUGCUCUCAUCACGCCUGGCUGACACCCAGCCUUCUAGCCUGUCUCAGGAGGAGCAGCUGGAUGCCAUCCUGUCCACAGCGGUGGAGACCAGCUCCUUAGGGCUGAUCACUGGCUGUAUCAAACAGUGGACCGCAGAGGAGCAACCAGGCUCAGCAUUGAACCUGCGGUACAUCCUGGAGUGGGCUUGGAACAAAGUAGUACACACCAAGGAAGAACUGGAUGGCAUCUGUGCACCGCUGUUUGACAGCUCAUCCAACUUCACAGACCCCCAGACCAUGCAGCUGUUACAGCACAGCCAGAGACUCCUGGGUAACCUCAGCACCAUCUUCCAUUGUCUGCUUAGUGAGGCCCAGGAACUCACCCAGAAAGGUCUGGUGGGGCUGUUGAACAAGAACAUGGUGGCCAGUCUGAUUUCCCAGUACACCCAGGUGGUCCUGUGGUUCUGUCGCACCGGCCUCCUGCCUGAGGGCUCAGAUGAGGAUGCUCUCCAGAUCUCCAGACCCUUCUACAGACACUCAGUCAUCAGCAACUAUUACACCAUCCGCAGAGAAGAGCUUACCAAGCUGGCAAAGGAUAAGUGGUGCGCAGACUGCCUGAUGAUUGAUGGCUUGGUUGGCCAGUGUGGCGACCGUCUGGUCAACUUGUGGAAAAGGGAUGAGGGUGGGACAGGGCAGUACCCACCACCCACAUUACAUGCCUUGCUGGACAUUUAUCUACUGGAGAGCAUUGAUGAAGCUGCCAAACAUGCAAUUGUGAUCUACUUGUUGCUGGACGUCAUGUACUCGUUCCCCAAUAAGGGGGGAGCGUCAGUGGAGUCUUUCCCCACAGCUUUCGCCAUUCCUAUUGGACUGGUCAAACUGGUGCAGGGCCUCUGGCUACUGGACCAUCACGACCACCAGAGUUCACUAGAGCUGCUCCUGCACCCGGCUACCUCUCAGUGCCAGUUUGUGUGGCAGCACGAGCGCGUCCUGCAGGCGCUGAUGUGCCAGGGCCAGCACUCAGUGGCACUGCGAUACUUCCAUAUAACAAAGCCUCCACUCUCCUCCACUUCCCAGGCAAAACUCUGCCUCUCUGUACUUCUGCACAACAGGUGUCUUGUCGAGGCGUGGUCCUUGCUUCGGCAGCACUCCAGUCGUCUCAACAUGGAAGAACUGAUGGGCUUCUUAUAUGAGAGCUGCCAGGAGCUAGGCCUCACCAAGGAGCUAUUGAAGCUGCCUCUGGGCCUCCCUGAACAGGAGUGUUUGGAGAAGUUUCUUCAAGGUACUGGCGGUCUGCAGAACAGAGAGCUGUUAAUGGUUCACUACCUGCAGCAAGCCAACUACAUACCAGCCCUACAGCUCAACCACAACCUCAAAAUGAACCUGGUGAAUGAGCGGGACCCAAAACUGAAGGAACGAUCCAACGCUAGGAACUCUAUCCUGGAGCAGUAUGGCAAGGUUUUGCCCAGAGUUCAGAGAAAACUGGCUAUGGAGCGGGCCAAACCUUACCAGCACCCCUCCACCAUCCACAGAGAAGUGUCUCGCCCCCAGCCGCUGUCGACCAUUGCCAAGCGCUCUGCCAAUGAGAAGGUGAUGUCCCGGGCUGGCUUCAUCAACAGUGUCAGGCUCAAGACACAGGAGGUGUGGAUGGGCAAGGAAGCCACACCACAGCCCUCCCCAGGCACCAGUCCCAGGACAGCAGAUACACAGGGCACCAGCCCCAAGUCCCUGGCCAUACCUGAACCCUUCCUAGGAACUCCUAUCACCAUGACUGCCAAACGAAAGUCAAGGCUGUUGGAUUUAGUGGUUCACCCCUCCUGUCAGACCCCCCAGCCACUCCUCAGCCCCCCCAGGCCUCCCAGCUCCUGGGCCCCUCCCAAGAGUAUCAGCAAGGCUCCUGAACUCAGUCUGUUGCAAACACCACAGGUGGUCAAGCGAGCUCGGGCCUUGGCUGCCACUGGCCCCGUGUUCUCAGCCUUUACUCCCCAGUCCAUCCUGCGCAGCAGCCUGAGGCCCACGCCUGUCGCCACCCCCUCUGCUUCCCCCGGGCGCUCUAUCACCCCCCCUCUCCGCAGCAAAGAGAGCCGCAUAACCUUCAUCGAAGAGUCAGAAUCACCUGAACCAGAGAAGGGCGCCAUCCAUUGGAGCAACGGGAUGGCAGCGGACAAUGAGAUCAGCUUGCUGACCAGAGGCUCCCCGAUGUCCAAAGCAGGUCGCCAGACUUGGACCUCACAGCGUACUGAGGAAGAGGAAGAAGAUGGAGAUGAGGAGGAGUUGGAAGAACAACCUCACGUAAAGUUCACCCCUCCAGAAGGUGGCAUUCCCUCACCACAGCUGAGGGGUUUUGAGAGUGAGUCAUCUUCUUUUCAAGAGAUCACAGCAGAAACCAGAUCAGUCGGGUUGGCACUGCCAGGUUCGGUGCCAGCACGUCUCAGCCUGGGCUUAGAGACCAGCCAGGCCUCCGUCCGGUCAACAGACACCACCCUGGAGUUCUAUGACGCACCUCUUUCGCAAGACCUAGAAAAGGAGAAGGAGCAUCCAUGUAAUGAGACGGAUGACGAUGUAGUGGUGAUGAAGUUGGCUCCAGCUGAACAGAAAGAACCAGAGCCAAACUCCUUAACAACCACUGAGCAGAACCCUCUCCUGACAGUAGCAGAUGGAGAGAGUGAAUCACAGGAUGUAAAAGAAGAUGAAGCAUCUGAAGAAGAAAUGGAGAUUGGUCUUGAACAAGAGGGUGAAGAGGAGAAGGGAGAGAGGAUUGAGACUGAAAAGGAAGAUGAAGGAGAUGCUGAGUCAAGUAGCAAAUCAGAAGAUGGUCCUACCGUUGACGUGGAAGACGCAGAGGAAUCUAGUCACAAUCAUGGCCAUAACCAGGAUGUUGCUGAGGUCUCAGGGCCAGAGGCGCAACUUCAGGACCAACCAGAGAAGGCGGAGAGGCAGGAAGAGGACCAAUCACAGACGACUGAAUCUCCAGAGCUCACUGAAAACCUGGUGGCAUCUGAAGCUCUUGAAGCCACUAAAGAGCUUCCAGACACUGUGGAGCAAACAGCAGAUCUCACAGAGUUUGUGGAACAACAUCUGUUUGGUGAUGAUUUGUCUCCUCCUCUCACCCGCUCUGGGAUCCAUGAGGCAUCACGCACCUGGACAUCAUUCAACAGGGAGCCCGUGUGUGAGGUCCAAGAGGAGGAACAGGCAGCGGCUGAAGAUCCUGCAGUGCUAACCAGCCAAAAAUCUGCUCCCUCUGUCACAUCCUCAGAGACCACUGGCACCGACUCUCACUCUGUAGUGAGUGUGAACGACAGUGAAGACCUUUCUAGCCCUGCCUCUGAAGAAGAGGAAGAAGAUGAGGAGGAGGAGGAGUCAGAUGGUGCUGAGGACGAGGAGGAGGAGGAGGAAGAAGAAGAAGAAGGAGAAGAGGAGGAGGAGGACUCGGGCAGUGAGGUGGAGAUCAUCGAGGAAGUACAAGGCAAUGGGAGGCUGCCGCCCCUCCAACCCAGUCCGCUCUUCGUGGAACAAAGACACCCCCACUUCUUGCCCAGCCUGUCGGAGCAGGAGGCUGCUGCACUCUCAAUAAUCACACCCGAGGCAGAGCUGAAGAUGGUGGAGGAGGAGAUGGAGGGAGAGGUAGUGAUGGUGAGACUUGGGGCAGAUAGAGAGCUUGAGGCAGACGAGGGGGAGGAUGGUGAAACCGCCUACACAGAGCUCAAACCCUCCACCACCCUCCUGGUGCCCCUGGAGCUCGUGGAGGGACAUCAUGGCCUCGUUGAUGGUGCUGAGCUAGAUCUUGCUGAGCACGGGCAAACCAGCGAGCCAGACAACCCCAUCUCUGAAGCUCCCAGCGGCUUCUCUCUGAUGCUGGAGGUGGACGAGGACAGAGAAAAGGAGGCAGACAUGCUCCCUCUAGAGAAUGAUGUGCAAUGCUCCGCCCAUCCCUCUAUGCAACCUCCAGAAACAGAGUUUAAUGAUGAAGUUGUGGACCAACCGGAGCUUAUUCUUCUGGGCACAGAUGACCAGGACGCUCCCCAGUCUGGAGAUGUUUCCCAGGGGGAGCAAGCAACAGAGAUGGACACCUUGGAUGGAAUAGAGAUAGACGGAUGGUCUGAGACAGAAAAGGAAAGGAUUCUGCCUGUCUUGCCUGAUGACCCUUGUGAUCUCGAGAUCAUAAAACACCAAUCUGCCGUUCCAUCUGAAUACAUGGAGACAGAUGAGGCUGAAGAACGGAGAGAUGCUGAGCCUGUAAUGUUGGCUGAAGAUCAGUCUAGCCAGGUUGAAGAACCUCAAACCGCCUCAGACUCGGGAUCAGCUGCAGCGGAAAAACUCUCUGUAGUCUUGGAUGGGGAGGAGCAGUCUGGCGAAGAUGAAGCGGCAAUGAAAAACAUUGCAACGGAGGAGAAGGAAGAAGAAGAGGAUAACCCAACGCCAGCUGAGGACCAGAAGGAGCCUGGAACAGUCGUCAGUGUCAGCGAUGUAGCUGUUGCUCCUAAAGAGAAUGGGCCUUUUAAGGCCAGUGUGCCUGAACCAACCCAGAUAGACGACAAUGCAGAGGUGGCACCUGUGUCUGUACAAGAGCCACAGCAAGAUCACAACUCCUUAGCUGAGACAGAGCAGGAGAAAAGGGAAGAAUUUAGGGAGCAGCAAACGGAGACGAAAAUGAUAACCAGGAGAGGAGAGGGCGAGAGUGAAGAAGGGAAACAGGUGACGCAGGUGAGCUCAGACAGCCAGUCUGAGCCACAACCAGUAUCAGGGAGCACCACCUCCCAGAGGAGAAAGAAAGCCCCAUCCACCCCAACACGGAGGACCACAAGGAGCAGGUCGGUCACCUUCAGCGAAGCGGAGCAAUCAGAGGAUGAGGGAAGGGUAGAGCAGACAGAGGCAACCUCCGUGGUCCCUGCCUCACCUAGUCGUGCAUCAAGAAGACUCAGACAAGGCAAAGAACCCACAGUCCCAGCCAGUCCACCUCGACGGAGUGCCCGCAAAGCCCCCCCUGAGCCCUCUAAAGAAGAGGUGGAAGACGACAAAAAAUCUGAGGAGGAGACAACGGACAACAAUGCCACAGUUUCAGUUACUUCUAGUGCUUCUACCCCAGCCAAACGCCGCGUGUCCCAGAGGGCCACACCAACCAGGACUAGCCGCAGGACCCGGAGUAGCAGUGAGGAGAUGACAGCGGCCAAAGAGCCAAUAGAGGAGCAGAAGGAGGAAGAAGAGGAUGAGGCCACAAAUAGCAACAGUGCUGCACCGACGGGCUCCAGAGGGCCCAGCCCAGCCAAACGCAGGACCACGCAGAGAAACACACCGAGGAGGGCCAGUCGCAGGAUACUGAGAAGUGAGGUGGUACCGGCAACGUUAGAGAUCCUGGAGGAGGAGGAGCAGGAUGAGGUGUCAGCCACUCCCGUCAAAAGCAACUCCAGGAAAACUAAGACAAGAUCCUCCGAGGCCCAACCUGCCCUGCUGGAGGACGAUGAGGAGGACAGGAAACUGCAACUUUCCAGCCUUGCCAGGGCGACUCGUCAGUCUAAUCGCCUCACCCUCAAUGUUUACCCACAGGUCAAAUUGGUUCCUGUAUCGCUUCCCCAGAGCACAAAGAAGACUGACGAAAAGAUGACCGAAAACAAAGAUCCCCCUGAGCCCACCCACAACAGUGACGCUCCUCCCAUCGCCAGCUCCCGUCGACUAACGAGAAGCAAACUGUGGAACCACCCUGAGGAAGAUCUUCCCUUGUUGGACACUCCUUUGGAGGUGGAUUCCAAAACACCCGUCGCCGAUGCCCUCAUCAAGAGACUCCAAGAUGAAGAGGAGAAGGAAGAAGGAGGACUGGUUGUCACGAAUAUGGCAAGAGCCCGCAAGAGGACUACAAAGUCAUCAGUGGAGCGGGAUCCCUCACCGCCUCUGGACACGAUGAGAGACGGCGUGGUCCUCAAACAUGACGAUGAUGAGGCCAGUGAGCCCAGUCCUGUUGAACACUCGUUCAUCUACUCGCCCUCACGGAGGAGAACAAGAGCCCAAAAAGCAGAGGCUCCUGUCGAGAGUGAAGCGUCUUUGCCUCCUGUUACUCGCACCAGAAGAAACGUCACUGCCACUGCUGUCUCUGCUGCUCAGGAUGAAGAUGCUUCAGAAGAUAACGUGGAGACAGACAAGGCAGCAAUUGUUUCUAAAACCAGAAAAACUAGCAAACGAACGUCUAAGUCCAAAGCAGCUUUGGAUGCGCCUCCCAUAGCAAAGGUGGAGCAGAUCUCUCCUCUGCCCAGCCCAGAGCAGCCUGUCCCCCGGGCCCUCAAGAGGAUCGAGGAGGGCGAGGCCCCGGCCCCUCGCAUGAGCCUCCGACGCAAGCGCAUACUGGACACCGUUUUCACAAAACCCGUCACCCGGAGGAAGAAGCUCUAAAGAGGGAGGCGAUGGCUUUAAUCAGUGCACCUCAGACAACGGCCUGAAGAUCUGAACCCACUCAGUCAGGAGCUUGCAAGUGUAUAUCGCCUUUGUCACUUUCCUCUGAACUGUAGACCCACUCAUCAUGGCGCCAUUUCCUCAAAAGCGUCAUAGCGCUAGAGUUUUUUGUUUUUUGUUUUUUUGUCGGUUGGUUUCCCAUGUGGACAGUAUGAUAAAGACAGUUUUGGAGUGACAGUGCUUUUGGGAAACAGACAAAACACAAUGAUCAAGAGCAGCGCGGAGUUUGCGUGUCCCACUGUUAGAUUGAUUUUAUUUAAUAUGACAAAUCCCAUCUGUUGCCGUUUUGUGUCGGCCAUGUUUCAGCCCUCGUCUCACACCCUCAGUUUAGCUUUCGGUGCAGAACGGACAAGUGACAGAAACCCUCGUACAAUGAACCCAGAAAAAAAAACUUAACUGAACUUGCCUCUAUUCAAGAGGUUUUAUUUACACCCUCUUAAUUUUAAUUUUUUUUUUUUUGUUUGUUUGUUUGUUUCCUUUUAAGAAGUUUUUGAGGCCUGCUGUUUUCUAUUUAAGAAGAGAGGCAACCAACCCAGUGGAGACAAUACAUUUCUACUGAUAACCUUGUAAAUAGUCUUUUGCUAUGUUCCAAAUAAAGUUAAUAAAUAAAUCAAGAAUGAUGUUCAUUUUGAUGUUUGAAGUGUCUUGAAUGCAUUGAUCAUCUAAUCAGACUGCCUAUUGUCAUAUAGUCUUAAACGUUAUGUUCACAGUUGGGAUUUUCUGUGGAAGAUGCACAGACUUGUACACUAUUGCCAACAGACAUGGACUGUUCUUGUACGUCACGGGUUGGUUGUAUAUUGUGAAAGAAAAAAAAACUGACUUGCACAGCGAUUGGGACUUAUCAAUAUGCUUGUUUUGGGACAUGUUAAUAGGCUUGUUUUAUUAAAUUCAUGGCAACCACCAGCUGACACAGGCUAUUUUCAGAUGAAUGUAUGUAGAAUGUCUUAUUUUUUUGAUGACUGCUCUUUGAUAAAUAUGGUAAAGCUUGAAUAUUUCUUUAA